AUGGACGAUCGGAAAGUGGAGAGAUCGGAAAGACAAAGAGCCAGAGAUUUUUGGGGAAUGAAGGUCCCGCAUGGGAUUAAUGGAAAGUUUUUCUCCCGGCAGCGUGUAAUCAUUGUGGCUUUUGCUGUGGGUCUGCUGGGAGUGGUUGGUGCCACUUCCCUGUCCAGGACCUAUUUGCCGCCUCAAGUUCAGGUAGUGCCACAGGUGCAGCAGGUGAUCUCUGUUCCGAGGGUCCAGGUUCAACCCCAGGUCAUCCAUCGUCCGGUAGUUCAGCCGCAGAACGUCUAUCUGCCACCAGCUCCCAGGGUGGUGCCUCAAGUGAUUCCCGUUCAUCGUCCUGCUCCUCAAGUGAUCCCUGCUUAUCGUCCAGCUCCUCAAGUGGUCUCCGUUCAUCGCCCUGCUCCCCAAGUGAUCUCCGUGGCUCCUCCUCGUAACACCUAUCUGCCACCUCCAGUGAUUUCUCGUCCUGCUCCCCAAGUGUUGUCUAUUCCUCGUCCUGCUCCACAGGUGAUCUCGGUGGCUGCUCCACGUAAUACCUAUCUGCCACCCCAGGUGAUCGCCCCCCGUAACACCUAUCUGCCACCCCAGUAA